UCACAAACAAGUGCAUUGGAGGGAUUUCACUCAGUUCUUAACCAGUUUGCACCCAAAAUGAUAAGCUACUCUUUUCCUGGGAUGUUCUGCAGGCAUAUCCUUGCUGUAACUCACUUCAACAGCAAUUUGGACGGGGAUAAUCAAGAGGUUAAUGGAGUUCCCCAGGUUAAAGUGCAUUAUCCAAAAUUUAAAAAUGGUGAAGCUGUUGUAAGAAAUGUAAAAGUUGCUCAGGAUUUUGGGUAUGUUGAAGAUAUUUAUCAAGUGUUGUGCUCUGCACUCAUUGAUGAGGAAACAUUGAGAAAAGCCAAAGGUGAUCUUUUACGAAUGACUCCAUUGCCAAUGAAUUCCAUGUUGGACAAGCAAUCAAAAAGUGAAGCUAUCUCAAAAAAAGCAAGAAGAAAAAGCAUGCCAGCUGUACAUUUCCCCCCAACUAAGCCAGCUGAAGUAUCACCUCUCCAAGAAAUAAUCACUAAUCAGAGAAAUGAGAGAGCAGCACCUCGAUGCACUGUGUGCAAGAAUUGGAUGAAAGGCCAUAAAAAUAUAAUGAACUGUCCAAAAAACCGAAAGUAACCAGUUUUUUGGACCUGGUGGU